GGGAGCUAUCAGGGCAUUAAGACAGGGGACUGACAUCUUACUGAAGCUUAAUAAGCAUCACCAGGACAUCAUGGGAGCCCAGCAAACGCGCUUCCCUGCCACUGGGUUAGGGAAGGCUUGACGGAAGGACGAUUUCGGAGGACGGUAGGUGUUAGCCAGGCAGCGGAACGAGAGCCAACAGGCGCGCUGGGCGGAGAGACGCUUUGAGCAAGGUGAGGCAGAGGGCACGCGCGGCGCCACCCGCCACUGGCUAGGACGCACGACGGCUAGAGAGGACGCCUUAGGGGCCCACGAGCAGGCUAGAGAAUAAAACAGGGCUGGCAGGGCGAGGUGGAGAGACUCGAAAAGGACCGGCCAGAUGUCGAAGUUCCUAGUAAGGAGGGCGCCCGAGCCUCCGCCGAGACGCGUGACUACAAUUACCACAAUCCCCAGCGCCUGCGGUUCCGGCGUCGCCUUGUUCUAGACAGGCGGCGGCGCUGCGCGGGGACCGGCGUGGGGUCACGUGGUGCCGGCGCGUCACGUGGGGGAGUCAGGUGACGCUGCGGGGCGGGCGGACAGACUGCGGGGCGGACGGUGGACGCUGGGACGCGUUUGUAACUCCGGCCCCACGGUUCCGACCCCCGCCGCCGUCGCCGCCAUGACGGGGCUAGCGCUGCUCUACUCCGGGGUCUUCGUGGCCUUCUGGGCCUGCGCGCUGGCCGUGGGUGAGGCCGGGUCCUGGCGGGCGGGGGCAGCAUCGCGGCCGAGCUGGCCGGGCCAGAACCCACCGGGGAAGUGGCCUGCGGGGAAUACUGGCCCCCCGCGCGCUCUGCACCCCGGGCUUUUUGGACUGGCGCCUGCGAGGGCCUCUGACCCCGACAGAGGAGACCCGGAUCUCUGGCUACUUGAGGAGGGGCGCGGGUGCGGGCGGGUAGGGGCCGCGAGGGCAGCACUCUCCCUUCCUGCCACAAUCGCUGUCUCCCCCCGCCCCCACGUCUCACUGCCGUCCCCAUUUUCUUGCUCUGACCGGCCUGCUUGGUCACAGGCCGGCUGCUCCGGUUCCUCUUUUCCCGGUCGCUUUGCCCUCCCCCACUCACAGCUUGUUGGGUAAACAGCGGAACGGACUGGACCGGCGGGAUCUGGCGGGGCCUGGCUGGAGCGCUUGCUCCCUCGGUCCCGCCUCGGAUUCAGGCUUGCGGGUGGCGAUCCUGCCUGCACAGGAAUCUGCUACACCAUUUUUGAUUUGGGCUUCCGCUUUGAUGUGGCAUGGUAAGGGAGGGCAGGGGCAGGAUUCCCCUUGAAGCUUCUUCCCUGCAGCCUCUCCUCUUUUCUCUGGUCUGAGUCCCUCUCGAGCCACACCACCGCCUGCCUGGGACAUGGACCUUUGGGAAAUAUGCAGUCAGUUGUUGCAUGCAGAAGUGGUGGUGGGGUUGAAGGGGGGUUGGGGGGCCAAGAUUUUGUGCUCUACUUCCCUGCUAGGGCUGAAUUGCUUUCUUCUCUGCCUCCACAACAGGUUCCUGACGGAGACUUCGCCCUUCAUGUGGUCCAACCUGGGCAUUGGCCUAGCUAUCUCCCUGUCUGUGGUUGGGGCAGCCUGGGGUAUCUAUAUUACUGGCUCUUCCAUCAUUGGUGGAGGAGUGAAGGCCCCCAGGAUCAAGACCAAGAACCUAGUCAGCAUCAUCUUCUGUGAGGCUGUGGCCAUCUACGGCAUCAUCAUGGCAAUUGUCAUUAGCAACAUGGCUGAGCCUUUCAGUGCCACGGACCCCAAGGCCAUUGGCCAUCGGAACUACCAUGCAGGCUACUCCAUGUUUGGGGCUGGCCUCACCGUAGGGCUGUCUAACCUCUUCUGUGGAGUCUGCGUGGGCAUCGUGGGCAGUGGGGCUGCCCUGGCCGAUGCUCAGAACCCCAGCCUCUUUGUAAAGAUUCUCAUCGUGGAGAUCUUUGGCAGUGCCAUUGGCCUCUUUGGGGUCAUCGUCGCAAUUCUUCAGACCUCCAGAGUGAAGAUGGGUGACUAGAUGAUAUGUGUGGGUGGGGCCGUGCCUCACUCUUAUUUAUUGAUGGUUUUCCUGGGACAGCUGGAGCUGUGUCCGUUAGCCUUUCAGAGGCUUGGUGGUCAGGGCCCUCCCUGCACUCGCCUCUCGCUGCGUGUUGAUUUGGAGGCACUGCAGUCCAGGCCGGCUCUCAGUGCUGGGAGCAGGCUGCUGCUGAUGACUCUGCAGCUGUGCACCUGUGUCCCCCACCUCCAUCCUCAACCCAUCUUCCUAGUGUUUGUGAAAUAAACUUGGUAUUUGUCUGGGUCA